UAUCUAUCUAUUGAGUAUAUAGCAUAAUGAAAGCUUCAGUACAGUCUAUAUUAUAUUGUAUAACCAUUUAUGUUUCGGCAGUUGUGGCUUCAAGAUUGAACCAAGAGGUACUUGCUGUUGGAACUCAAUUCGAGGGGUUGAAGGAUAUCUAUGUAAAUGAUUUAUCCUUCUUGUAUUUACACAAGUCCCUUAUUGAUAUUGAAUCUCUUUCCAAUAGUGAGAAUGGUGUAUCCCAGUAUUUAAAGAAAUAUUUGGAAUUGGCUGGUUUCACUGUUGAAUUACAAAGAAUUCAUGAUGACUAUGAUGAGAGAUAUAAUGUUUAUGCUUAUUUAGGUUCCACCAGAAAUACCAAAGUAUUACUUACUUCACAUAUUGAUACAGUCCCUCCUUAUAUUCCUUAUAAUAUUGAAGGCACCAAAAUCUAUGGUAGAGGAUCUUGUGACGCUAAGGCAUCAGUAGCAGCCCAAGUUUUUGCAUUACUUUCUUUAAUUCAUUCUGGUGAAGUUAAAGAAGGUGAUGUAUCUUUACUCUUUGUGGUAGGAGAAGAAGUCAGUGGUGUCGGAAUGCAACAAGCCACUGAAUUAAAUGCUAAAUGGGAUGUAGCAAUCUUUGGUGAACCAACUGAAUUGAAAUUAGGAGUAGGUCAUAAGGGUAUAAUGGUAAUUGAAUUACAAGCAGAAGGUAAAGCAUCACAUUCAGGAUAUCCUGAAUUAGGAGUUUCAGCUUCAGAAAUCUUAAUUCCAGUUUUGAAUGAUUUAAUUAAUUUGAAAUUCCCUGUAGAUGAAUUACUUGGACCAAACACAUUAAAUGUUGGGAAAUUCGAAGGAGGUGUAGCAGCAAAUGUUGUUCCUGGAUAUGCUGAAGCAUUGGUCCUGGUUAGAAUUGCUACUGACAUAAAGGAAGUAGAAGAGAAAGUUUUACAAGUAAUUAAAGAUGUGCCUAAUUUGAAAUACAACAUACGUUCCAAGAGUAGUGCUCAACAUAUUGAUUAUGAUAUUCCUGAUUUUGACACCAUUGUAUUGGCAUAUGGAACAGACAUACCAAACUUACUGGUCCCAGUUCAAAAGAGAUAUCUUUAUGGACCAGGCUCUAUCCAUGUGGCCCAUUCCGAUCAUGAAUUUGUUGAGAAUUCUGAUCUCCUUCAAGCCUUCAAGGACUAUCAAAAAAUUACAAAGUAUGCUUUACAGCACAUAUAAAAUGUUUAAACGUUAUGUAUAAAUUUAUAAAUGUUUACAAUCUCUAUAUCCAUUAUAAGUAUGACAAUUUAUAACAGACUCAAACCAUGUAAUUUCUCACUCUAGCUAACACACUGACGAAC